AUGGAUUCCCUCUUCCAUGCUCACACCAAGUUAAUCGCAGAUGCCACAACAGCCAAAACCACAUCGCGUCCAGCAUCUGAUGGCAACGAUGCCAACGGACCGCCGCCCGCCUAUGCUACUGCAGUAAAUGUAGUACCUGGAUCCGGCUUCGACCAUGAGCAGAGCAUCGAUCCUGGCGCAUCAGACAUCACUGACUUAGAUGAGGGCGAGGAAGAAGAAAAUACCGAACCAAAAUGCCUCGACAUUGAUGCCAGUACGACAAUCCACGGCUCACAGAAUAUCAUCGCGAUCCAGCCCGUCGAUGGGCCGCGCAUCACUGCCCUCCUCGUUUCGCUACUUCAGGGUCAGGCGAACACACAAGCGUAUGCGCAACAGCAACCCCGACCACCCCCAACCCUACCUACAUUGCUACACGGCCAUAAGAUAAACGUCCGUAUCGAUUGCGGCGUCCGAAUUGUAGGCGACAGAAAUGUUCUGGGUGGACCAGGCAUCAUCAGGCCGAAGACGAACGGGGCAAACGGUAGUACUUCUGCUACUGCUGCUGGACCACACGCUCCUGCUACUACUAUGUCAUCAACUACCACAUCAGGAGCUGCAACGGCCCCAUACCAGAAGCUGGAGACCCAUAUGGCGGUAGGAAAUAAGAGGAAAGCUGAUGAUGAGGUAGCUGAAGAGCCAGAAUUGAAGAGAAUAGAUGUGAAUGCGGGGGCGGAUGUUGAGGGCUGA